CUUGAUUAGUCAUAAUGGCAAAAAGUUCAUAGGAUAAAUUGAAAAUGAGAGAAAUGUAGAAGAAAAAAUUACUUGUUAUGUACCCGACUUUUCGCUCUAAAUUUGAUUUAAGUAUGUCAUGGCGGUCUUUAUUUUCUAAAAGCGCCAAUUGGUUAUUUACCUUCAUUGGAAUAAUAAAAAAGUGGUUUAAGACCUGCUUUGCGUAGGUAAAGAGGAUGUGUAUCUGCUCUGAAAUAUGGAAGAUCGACACAUUUUUGAAAAGAGGUUUUAUCAUGGUUGAAAUUAAAAUGGUAAUCAUCAGCGGCGGCCUCUAGAACCAUUUUUAACGUCUCGUAUACAUUACAUAGGUAUACCUUAGAGGUCUGAAAAAUUACAAAGACGAUAGUUUGUUUAUACAACAGGCGAAGGUUUGAGUUGAGGUAGUUAAAAUAUCUUAGAAAAUGUAGAAGUCGCUCGGUAGACUUGGCCCGACGGAUAUAAAAAAGUGACAUCUUUUGAUGGAAAAUGUGCAAAAAAAAUUGUUCUCUUUAUUUGAAGUGUAGUGUGCAUUGUAAAUAAUGACAUUAUUUACAAUUGUCAUUUAUUUUUGCAUAGACUAUAUAAAAGGUUUACGAAUGGAUUACGAUCCCCGAAUUAAACUGAACAUAUUCCAAGGGCAGACCACAUUCCAAAAUGAUUACCGUAGGUUCACCCCAGACAGUAGAGAAAAGUAUGUUUGGCCAAAGGCACGCAGUGAACCUCCUCCGAAAAAAUCGGCGGAAUUUAUUCGGAAAGAUCCCGAAACUUUUGUAGAGUGGAAUAAAGAUGUUUACAUUCCAUUUAAUUUGUUGAUGAAACCUCGACCAAUCAUUGAUACAACUCCUUACGCCACUAUUCCCAGGCUUAAGGACCAAGCGAAAGACGCAGAAAAGAGUGACGUAAUGAAAAGUAGACCCCGUUUAUACAUGACUCCCGCUGUUAGUAUGGAUGAUGUGCCCGAUCCUGAAAUGCGAAAACUUAUAUGCGAUUAUAUGUAUACGACGGAUUUCCGCAGAGCGGAGAAAGAAGCAGCUAUGGGUGAAAACACGCGCGAAAUCGCAACGUCAACGUUGGACGUCGGGCUUGACCCUGUAAAAUUACGUACAGAACUUUAUCCUCCUUUACCACUCGGUUGGCGCGAGAAGGGCAGGGCUUGGGAUAGCAGGCAAAUGAGAGCUCUAGUGGAUCCCACCGAGACCUUUUGGUUCAAGAGAGGUUCCCGGGUUAAGUGCGGUGCCUGUAACAACCCAUAUAAGGGAGCAGUGCCGCAAAGCGUUAAGGAUGAGAUAGCUACGCUUAUACGUAAAGAUAAACUACGUUUGGCGCAUGAUUAUCCAAUCCCAGGGUAUACUGGAUUGAGGCCAAUGUUGUCUGCAGGCGUUCCUCUAUCAAAAACUGACCUUCCUGUAACGCACCCGUUCUUGUCAGCCUCUCAAGCCGUAACUCAACGUUAUGCUGAAGAUAAGAAUGUAUGACUAUGUAAUAUACACCUUUUUUACACUAAUACACAAAAAUAUAUCCGA